GCGUAAACCCUGACGUUCGGCCAACUAGUCAACCCCGCCUCUCCAGUUCACAAUGUCUGAAGCGACGAGGCCGAAAUACGACAAUCUCCCAGGCAUUGACACAGCACCUGACAUUUACGAGACGCCAGAACUUACCGAAGACGUGUCUACAGUACAAGCUUCCACCGCUGUUUCCGAAUCAGACUAUGGCGAUGACGACGACGACAAUGAUGACUCGGCAGUCCGUCACCAACGCCUGCAACCUGAUCAGGCUCGCAAUCGUUUUCAGCCUGCUCGAGUAGACGCCCGCGGGGUUGACUUUUCGGACAAUAUCACCGCGCAGCGCCAAUCCUAUCGCACAUCUACACGGCGCCAGCGGCGGCGGGGCGAGAUAAUAGGCGAUGCCAGUGACGAAGAAGAGGAAAGCUUUGCACAAAAGCUACUACGGAUCAAGCGAGAGUUGGCCGCGUUAGAAGAUGAAUACGAACAGAACAUUGAAAGCGGGGACAAGUCCAAGAUUGAGGAGCAAGAUCCCAAGGAAAUGAUGGAGAUAAUAGCGAGCAAGGUCGACACAAUUUACGCUGCACAUAAAGGUGGCGCUCGAGGUGCACAGGCGAUACUCGACCGCACAGUGCAGAAAUUCGACAGCUACAAGCCCUUUGAUCCCAGUCCCAAGCUCACCAAGGCCAUUGCAAACCAGCCGCCACUACCAGGUACACAGGUACAAAGAAGCCAAUUGGAAUUUGUGUUGAACCAGGCAGCCGAGUUUGAUAGGCGCAUUACGCAGCUCGAGGGCAGUCUGGGCUUGAAUGGAAACACAAUGCCCGAGCUGAACGAUCACACGCCCUUUCCCAUAUCAGCCACUCUUACGCGGCUGGAACAGACUAUGGGCCUAAUUGGAGAUGCUGCAUCAAACAACCUGGACACGGUCACGCAAAAUGUCAAGAAGCUUACGGCCGAAGCAGAGCACUUGAAGGAAGUUCGCGAGGAGGCGGCAGAAGCUGGUGCGGGCUCGAACGAUAACAGCUCGGGUACAUACCCUGACCAGGAAGCGAAGAUCAACGCCUUGUACGGCACUUUGCCUUCUGUUGACAAACUAUCGCCCAUCCUACCGCUAGUCCUUGAGCGGCUGCGUACACUGCGACUCGUACACACGAGUGCUUGGCAGGCUGACGAGGUCUUGACUGAGCUUGAACGUCGGCAAUCGGCGCAGGAACUAGAAAUCAAAAAGUGGGAGCAGCAACUCGAGAUUUUGGAGAAGGACAUCAAAAGGGCAGAGACAACCAUGGUGAACAACAUCAAGACGGUCGGGGACGACGUGAAGAUGCUGGAGGGGAAGAUGGCUAAGCUGCUUUCAGCAGACCAUGAGGAGUAAGAUGUGAUGCGGUAGACGAAUUUGGAGAAGUACGUCUUGAAAUGGUCAGCCACAUAGUAGACAUACGCACACGUCUUGGCAGCUCGGUUCGCAUACCCGAUCACGCGGCGUCGAUCAUGUUCAUAUACCCACUAGGUGUAGAUAGCAGUGUCCUGUGUGGCCAAUGCAGAGGAACACGUUGCGUGCGUGUGCAGAUCCAGGCCGUGAGGAAGUGAAGAGAUAUCGUAUCAAAGCGAGAGUUUAUGUGUUGCGAGCUAUCGAUGGGUUGCCGUCGGCGGAAGCGUGGUGCCAGCCAACCGGAGCACCUGG